AUGAUUAAUCGAGGAAAUUCAUACUCUUUUAGUGGCAACAUUAGUGUGGAAGGAUGUGCAACCUCAAUGAUGCUUGGCCAGUUUUGCAACCAAACAGUUAAUGUCCUUUCAUGUAAUGACAGUCAUAAUUCAACUGGAGUGGACCUCAACAAUGAAUUGUAUAAAAAUGCUACUGCAUGCACAAAUGCAAAUGGAAUUAGCUGCCACGAAGAUAUGAAAAUCUACUCAUUGGAUGUGAUGGGAAUUUCGGAAAGGCUAAUUUUUUCUGCAGCGAAUUUGACAUUUUUUAAUGGGACACAAGCUUUAAAUUGUUAUGUUAGAUAUGGUGCAAUGCCGUUUGAUACAGUGUACGAUUUUUCUGCUGACUUAAGUAAAGCCCCUUUGGUGGUAGAUUUUCCGAAAGCUGGCCGUUGGUAUAUUACAGUUCAGCCGAGUGAUAUCUCUAAUAGAACCCAAUCGGUGCAAAGCAAUAGCUCAAGAGCAUGCUAUCUUUUGGAGUGGCAAAUACUUCACUGUCCUGUGGGCAAAGCUGGAGUCAACUGUACUUUUGAGAGAUACAUGCUUCAGGCAGUUCUUAGGAAAAACCCAUCUCUCUCUUUCGAGUCCAACUUUGUUCCAGUAACCGGAAAAUUAUCAUCAGCUUCAUCACUCUUUCCUCUGGAGCCCCUUACGAGUAAUAUUUCGGCUGGAGCAAAUAUUAAUAGUAAUGCUUGGACGUUUUUCCUGCUCGAUAUCCCUUAUAGUGCUACGGGAGCAAAUAUUCACAUCCUCUUAACCUCAGAGUCAAAAAUCAGCUACGAACUUUAUGCGAGAUACGGAGGAUUACCUUCUCUUACUAGUUACGAUUAUUUCUAUGCAAACAGUACAAGAAGCAGCAAUGGCUCGAUGUUUUUCAGGACAUAUGAUUCGAGUGAGAAGAAAAUUAGUUUUUAUAUUUUAUACGUACGAGGAGGAACAUGGGGCAUUGGGUUGUUAGGAAAACCAAAUUCUACCGGUUUGACUGGUCAAACUAUGCUCUCGUUGUCUCUUGAGAGGUGUCCAAACAAAUGUUCCUCACAUGGGACUUGUCAAACGGGUAUGGAUGCUAGCGGGCUCACAUUAUAUAGUUUCUGUGCCUGUGAUAGGAAUCAUGGAGGUUUCGACUGUAGUAUUGAGCUCGUGUCCCAUCGAGGGCACAUUCGUCAAUCGAUUUUUCUCAUAGCAUCCAAUGCUGCAGCCGUGCUUCCGGCCUAUUGGGCUCUUCGGAAUAAGGCAUUUGCGGAGUGGGUUCUCUUCACAUCCAGUGGCCUCUCGAGUGCACUCUAUCAUGCGUGUGAUGUGGGUACAUGGUGUGUUUUGUCAUUUCGUGUCUUGCAGUUCUUGGACUUCUGGCUUUCGUUCAUGGCUGUUGUGAGUACGUUUGUGUACUUGUCCACGAUUAGUGAAGUCUCAAAGAGGACGAUUCAUACAAUUCUUGCAAUUGUGACGGCUCUUUUGGCAGAAACUGGGCCCACCAGGUCCAAAAACAUUGGUUAUGUGCUCGGCCUUGGAGCUGCGGGCCUUCUUGUCGGUUGGCUGAUCGAGUUCGGUGCUCGAAAUCGGUCAUUGUCCAUUUCAGGAGAGUUUCAUUUGAAUCUUCAUCACAGAUGGGAAAUUACGAAAGGAUGGGUACGAGACAUUAUCAAGACAAUCGUAAAACGGUUUAGAUGGGGAUUUCUUAUAGCAGGUUUUGCUGCAUUAGCAAUGGCUGCUGUGAGCUGGACAAUGGAGAGCACUGAAAGCUACUGGAUUUGGCACAGUUUGUGGCACAUAUUUGUAUACACUUCUUCAUUCCUUUUCCUCUGCUCGAAAGCAAAAGUCGAGAUCAAUGAAAACGAGAGGUCUUCAGACGUGAGCUAUUCCUUAGCUCGACAAAAUUCUUUCGGCCACGUUGAACAAAGACAACAAAUAUAG